AUGGGGGCCUCGUCCCCUUUGGGAGACGGAGAAGAGGAGUCUCCUUCUAAAUCCCCUGCUGCCCCUAUAGAGCGAAGCGCAGCAGCAGCAAAGGCAUACCCUGCAGCACCUUCCUCGCCCCCAGAGCAUCGGGCCCCCCCGGGGCCCCCGGGGCCCCCAGGGGCCCCCGUUCCCGCUGCAGCAGAUAGAAGGGGUUCGAUGGGGGCCUCGUCUCCUUUCGGAGACGGAGAAGAGGAACAGGAGACAGUAGGCAGUGUUGCAUCUAGACACACCCAUGGGGGCUCUAGGGGUAGCGUGGGGGCCCCCGGGGGGCCCCCCAAAGAGGGUACUGGUGGGGUGCAGGGGGGCAGCGUGGGGGCGAGGCCCCCAGGGGGUAGUGAUUCGUCUUUGAGAGCGCAUGCAGCCCCAAGACCAGAAGAGUCGAGCUGCUGCAGCGCAGCAGUGAGAGGGGGACUGCAUGCAUCCAGCUGCAGCAGCUGUGCUGUAGAGGAGGGAGCAGCAAGAGGGGCCUCGGGGCGGUGUCUUUGUCUGUCUCUGUCUCUUUCUCUGUCUCUUCGUGUUGCGGCACAGAGACACUGCAAAAGAGACAAAAGGAGACAAAAGGAGACAAAAGGAGACAAAAGGAGACAGGAGAAGGAGAUAUAA